AUGUGGUGGACCCUCACUGCUGCCAGAUUGUCUCUAGGAAGUGAAUACCUUGGUCUGAGGAGGCCACUCUUGGGUAAGCAGGGAAAGGGGGCCCAGACAGUGCCAGUAUUCAAGAGUCCUCAGAGCUGCUCCUUCUCUGCAUCAUGGAGCACAUCAGAAGGAGUCUCCAACAGCCAAGAAGAAGAGGAUACAAGUUCCCCACAGACAUCAACAGACACCGAAUCUUUGCCCAGAGACCCACUAGAUGAGAAGGUGGCUGAUUUGGUGCAUUUCAUGGUCCUCAAGUAUUGAUUGAAGGAGCCCAUCACAAAGGCAGAAAUGCUGAAGGUUGUCAUCAAAAGGUACAAGAAACAACUCCCUGUGAUCUUCAAGAAAGUGUCUAAGUGUUUGGAGGUGAUCUCUGGCAUUGAUGUGAAGGAAGUGGACCCCACCACCCACUCCUAUGUCCUUGUCAACUCCCUGGGCCUCACCCAUGAUGAGAUGCUUAGCGACAACCAGAGCAUGCCUAAAAAUGGUCUCCUGAUAAUCAUCCUGGGUGUGAUCUUCAUAGAGGGCAAUUGUGCCCCUGAUGAAGACAUCUGGGAUUUCCUGAAUAUGAUGGGAGUGUAUGCUGGGAGGGAGCAUUUCAUUUAUGGGGAGCCCAGGAAGCUCAUCACCAGAGAUUGGGUGCAGGAGAAUUAUCAGGAGUACCGGCAGGUGCCUAACAGUGAUCCUCCACACUAUGAAUUCCUGUGGGGCCCCAGGGCUCAUGCUAAAACCAGCAAGAUGAAAGUUCUGGAAUUUUUGGCCAAGGUUAAAGGGACUGACCCUACUUCCUUCUCAUGCUGGUAUGAGGAGGCUUUAAGAGAUGAGGAAGGGAGGGCCCAGGCCAGAAAUGGUUCCAUGGAUAAUACUACUGCCAUGUUCCUUGCAUGA